AUGUCUCGACUAAAUAUAUGGCAUGCUGUGCCGAUCAACAAGUCGAGUCGACCGGUGUUUCUCGACGAUGAGUACAGCUUGUUUGUCAAAGACGGCGUGGGCAUGUACCAGGGAAAACUGAAGAUCAAUGGACACCAGAACGGAAGAGUCUACUUGACCAACAAACGGAUCAUCUACUUGGAUGCUGACGGGAAGAAGGCGAUUGGGCUACAUUUGAGUGACGUUCUGAGGGCAGAGUUGGUGGAACGGUUCCUACGGUCAUCGCCAAAAGUGAAGGUGUUUCUCAAAGGAGAGGGUAACGGUCAGGAUACGUCUGCUGUGGCUCUGAGCUCCAAUUCGUCUUCAGCUCUGCUUAGAGACGUGACAAGUGCUGUUUGGACAUGCAUGAUCUGCUCCUACAACAACCACAUUGCAACAAAUUACAAUUUAGACAAGAAUGAUCCACCCAAAUGUGUAUCUUGUGGAGUUGCUCCUUCAAGGGGCGUGCUUCGAAAAGCUAUAGAGGAAGCCGUCAAGAAGGAUACAUCCAAGGAAGCGCCGGCCAAAGAGUCAAAGCUGAACGAGUGCCCGCGUUGCACUUUCAUCAAUCACCCAUCCAUGAGGAACUGUGAAAUGUGUGGCACAGAGCUCCGACCCAAGGCUUCAACGAUUGCCAAAAAGAUAGCGUUACAUGAACGUCCCGACUCGCCGCUUUAUCAGAAUCCCUUGGGGCUCACGCUUGAGGAGCCCGAAGAGUAUACCAAUCUCAAACCAUACAUCAAAGUCAGUUUCAGAAAAGGUGGAGAAACCGGCUUUCUCGAACAGGCUACUGCAGCCAUUGACAAAUUGAAAUGGGAACAAUUGGAACAACGUGGCGGCAUCAGCGAUGCAGCAACCAAAAUCAACCAAACCCCAAAAACCGAAACAAGACUCAAAGGAGGAGGAAUCCACAGCUUGCAGCAGCUCGGCGAACAGCAAAGAAAACGAAACGAGCUCGUGUUAUCGCUGCUGCUCGAGGACUUAGAACAGCUCAUGUACAAAGCGCAGGAUCUUAUCAAGGUGAGCUCCAGUUUCGGGUCAUUGAUAAAGAAACAGGGCAAGUUCUCUAAAGCCUUGCCCACAGGAGCCUCUACGAUUCCCCCGAUUCCCGCCAACAAAUUAUCUUCGUUUUACACCGAGGAGCUAGCAAGACACAUUUGCGAGUAUCUCCUAAAUACGGAGCUCACCACAACCACGUCUAUGAUCACACUUCAGGACACUUUUGCAUCGUACAAUCGUUAUCGAAUUUACACACAAGGCUUUGGUACAGAGCUUAUAACUACAGCAGAGUUUACAAAAUGCAUCGGCAUGUUCGAGACCCUCAAUCUUCCUGUGAAAACAAAAACAUAUUCCCGCCUGGGCCUUGUUGUGAUAACCCAAAAGCAGCUGCAGCUGCAAAAAGAUCUCCAUUGGACUAUUUUGGAAUUUCUCAUUGCACAGGACAACCAAUUCACAUAUGACAAAUACCGACUGGAGCUUGAAGGUGUUCAGGAUAAUUACCUAAGAGAUCAUUAUCAGGUGUUCCAUGGAUGCACAAUAACCGAAGUUGCAGACCAUUUUGGUUGGGCACACGCUGUUUGUAUGGAAGAAAUGGAUCGCUGCAUUGAGGAGCUGUUGGUCGUCUACGAUAAGCACAUAUCUGGUACAUUCUACUUUGUGAACAAGUUCGACGAAAAAUUGUGCCUGUUCCUCAAGAGUGAGCAAGAAUUGAAGAAGCAAGCCGAGAAUGACUGCUUGGCAGAGCAAAAGCAAAUCACAUCGGAGCUAAAAACGCAGUAUGACGAGGAAGUGGGCCAAUUGUUGGUCAAUCUCAAAGAAAACUACGCCUUUGGUGAAAUCAUACCUCAACAGCCCAUCGAAAAAGAAGAUUCCCCGCCGAUAAGAAUUCGCUGCUCAUCGAGGAUUUAG